ACCGGAGGCGGAAACGGUGAGACACGAAGCGGCUAGCCAUCAGCACAGCUGACUGUAGGAGCUGUGCAGAAGUCCGGAGAGAUUUUCUUCACUUUUAAAGAGGGAUUUUUUUUCUGUUUGACGAAACAUUGAUGUCAUUCUGUGGGACUCAGAGCAGCGGCCGCCGCAGCAAAUGGGACCAGCCUGGGCCCGGGUCUGGCUCUGGUGGGAUGGGGGAGGCUGAAGCUGCACCCACCGGGGCUCUGGAUGCUGCAGCUGCUGUGGCUGCCAAGAUUAAUGCCAUGCUGGUGGCCAAAGGCAAACUCAAACCCUCACAGAUAGGCAACCCCGGACCGCCUGAUAAGGUCCUCGGUGUCGGAAAGCCUCCAGUGCCGCCAAAAGCCAAAGACGACCUGGUGGUAGCUGAAGUUGAGAUCAAUGACGUCCCAAUUAAUUGUCGAAAUCUCCUGACACGUGGGCAAACGCAGGAUGAGAUCAGUAAAGUGAGCGGUGCUGCAGUGUCGACCAGAGGCCGUUACAUGACGGCAGAGGAGAAGACCAAAGCGCUGACGGGGGAUCGACCGCUGUAUCUGCACGUCCAAGGACAGACAAGAGAGCUCGUCGACAGAGCAGUUAAUAGAAUCAAGGAGAUCAUCACAAACGGGGUGGUGAAGGCUGCAACUGCUUCAUCAUCCUCUCCAUCUUUCUCCUCUACUGGGGCUUCAGUCACAGUUUAUCAGCAGAACAACCUCCCUGCACCUUCACUGCCCCCUGUGACCCACCACAAACCACACUUUCAGUCAGGGAUGCAUUUUGUUCAAGAUAAGAUCUUUGUGGGCCUGGAUCACGCUGUCCCGGGCUUUGCAGUCAAAGAGCGUGUCGAGGGGCCCGGCUGUUCAUACUUGCAGCACAUCCAGGCUGAGACCGGGGCCAAAGUCUUCCUCAGAGGGAAAGGAUCCGGCUGUUUGGAGCCUGCCUCUGGACGAGAGGCCUUUGAACCCAUGUACAUUUACAUCAGUCACUCGAAACCUGAAGGACUUGCAGCAGCAAAGACUUUGUGUGAGAACCUGCUUCAGACAGUCCAUGCAGAGUAUUCUCGCUUCCUUAAUCAAAUGAUGCCAACACCACAAGGCUUCGGACAGCCUCCAGUAGUGAAUGGGAUACCUCCUCAACCUCCUUACUACCCCCCUACUGGCUACCAGCAAGGCUACCCACUGCCCGUACCCCCACCUCAGCCUCAGCCCCAGCCCCAGCCUGUCCCUUCACCUUACGCUGUCCCGCCUCCUGUGCCGCCAGUGGCUGCCGCUGGUGUUCCCUCUCAGUACCCUCUCCGCCCAGCUCCAGCUCCUAUUCCUGCCACUGUCCCUGUACCUUUACCUGUCCCCAUCCCUGCCCCUGUCCUCACUGUAGCUCCUGCACCCACGCCUGCACCAGUACCUGCUCCUGACAUCCUGCCACAGACUCUAGCCCCUCCUGUACGUUUACCUCCCUCUGCUGCAGCACUACCCAAAGUUUCACCUCCUGCUGCCCCAGCCAACCCACCACAGAAAAGACGUUUUACAGAGGAAGUGCCUGACGAGACAGACAGUGGCCUGCUGGGAUACCAGCAUGGACCCAUUCAUAUGACUAAUUUAGGUGCAGGCUUCUCCGUGGGCAGCCCCGAGAAUUCAGGAUCCCAGCCACAGAGUUCCUCCAGCCCGUCGCGUGAGAGGGACAGUAAGCAGCUAAUGCCUCCACCCCCCUUGACUGUGAAUGGAGUGAGACCCAAGGUGGAAGAGAGAAAGGCACCGCAAGGCCACGUGGCACCUGCAGUAAAAAGACUGAAAACAGGUUUGGUGGCAUACACUGGCGGCUCUUCUGAUGAAGAGGAAGACCACCCCACCACAAAAGCCACCUCAGGGCCAGGUAACCCUGGGGCAGUUCCCCCUACCUCCUCAACUACUGCCACCACAACCACCUCAGGCUGGGCACAGGGUUAUCGCUGCCCUCCUCCACCACCCCCUCGAGCUAAAACACAGCCGCAGCAGCAGUCUAUACCUUUCUGGAUGGCACCCUAAUGCAGAAAAAAAAUCUGAACUCACUGAGUACUUUCUGAGUCUUACAGGAUAUUCACCCAAACUGAGCCCAUCUGUUCGUCACAAGGAUGACUCGUGACAGCUCUGUGUUGGUUUCAGGAUUUAGCACUUGGGUUUAAAUGGACAAACUAAAGUUUUGUAAAGAGCCCCGUUUGUUUGUUUGACUGUCAUUAGUUAUUGUUCAAAGAAGGACAUUUGCCAGAGUGAUACUUCAACCUUUAGUCUGGAUGUAUAGAUGGUCAGUUGAGCAAUAUUCUGCCUGCCUUCUCGGUCUGAAUCGAGGGAAAACCUGCACCAGCUCAGCUGUGUGUCUCUGUGAAAUGAUAACACGGACUGUAAAUCACAGACCAGUUUUCCUUUCAUCCUAACACACCUUUUCCUGUUCCCACUCUCUUUUCUUUCCCCAAAGUAAAAAAAACAAAACAAACAUCAAUCACUUAAUCGUUUCUUGAUCAUCUCCUGUUUUUUGUACAGAUCAUACUGGACAUGUACGCAGUGAAGCAUUUGAAUUUAUUUCUCAAGUUUAUGAAAUAAAGCUAAUUUAUUGA